CCUUCCCUUCCCUUCCCUUGGCAUCCCUUGCACGUUUCUCCUCUCCUCUCCUCUCCUCUCCUCCCGCGGGUCAAACCAAGCCAAAGGACAGAAGAAGCCGCACCCAAACGCUCCACCUCCAGCCCCUAAUGUCGUGCCGCCUCCCCUCCAAUUCCACCACAGCCGCAACGCACCAGCCCCCCACCCCUCCCACCCGCACAGCGGCGGUAUAAGAGCCCGGGCGGAGAGAGCCGGGUUGGGUUGGUUUGGGCCUGGGAACUGGGAUCGCGGCGCGAUGGAGAGCGCGUGGAGGAAGGCCAAGAGGGCGCUGGCCCUCCGUCUCUGCGUGCUCGUCCCCGCCGAGGGCGAUGGGAGGCCGGCGGCCUCAGGCGCCGGCGGGUGUCGGGGCGAGGCGGCCGUGACGGUGGGGUCCGCGCCCGAGGAGCCGGCGGCCGGCGGCGGCGCGUUGCGGAGGUCCAAGUCCGGGAGCAGGUCCUCCUCCAAGAGGAAAUGUGCAAUAUGCUUUGACUCUAUGAGAUCAGGCCAUGGUCAAGCCUUGUUCACUGCAGAAUGCUCUCAUAAGUUCCAUUUUCACUGCAUUUCAUCCAAUGUGAAACAUGGGAAUCAUGUCUGCCCAGUCUGCCGGGCAAAGUGGAAAGAGAUACCCUUGAAUCGCUCACUCUCUUCCAACAUUCCUGAUGGAAGACGUGGAAUUAAUGGAGUCCAAUUGCCACAACAAGAUGCCUAUGUGGCUCUUCUCCACCAAGUUCCAAACCGUCAGCGAGGAGUUCGUCGCUUACAUACUUUUGAGCCAACAGACUUCAAUGACGAUGAAUCUUUACAGCAGACAGAAGCUACUGACAGUCUUAAUUCUCGGUCUAAGAAGACUGCAGAAAUCAGUACAUAUCCAGAAUUCUCAUCCAUUCCACAGUCAUCAUCUCAAGAUGGAUUUUCUGUUCUGAUCCAUCUGAAAGCUCCCAGUGCUAGCUCAGACCAGGCCACAGGCAGAUUGGUCAAUGAAAGCUCAGUUAGAUCCCCAAGCGGACGUGCUCCUGUUGAUCUUGUCACAGUGAUUGAUAUUAGUGGCAGUAUGGCAGGCACCAAGCUGGCACUGCUAAAGCGGGCAAUGGGCUUUGUGAUUCAACACCUUGGUCCAUCUGAUCGCCUUUCUGUAAUUGCUUUCUCAUCUUCUGCCCGAAGGCUGUUCCACCUUCAGCGCAUGUCGCAUUAUGGCAGGCAGCAGGCCUUGCAGGCUAUUAACUCGCUUGGUGCUGGUGGUGGCACAAACAUUGCUGAAGCACUUAAGAAAGCUACGAAGGUGAUUGAGGAUCGCAGCUAUAAGAAUUCAGUGUGCAGCAUCAUUCUUCUGUCUGACGGGCAAGAUACCUACAACCUUAGCUCAAAUGCUCGAGGGGGCUCGAAAGAUUAUAGCACACUUGUCCCGCAGUCUAUUCUGGAUGAUACACGGCGUAUGCUGCCUAUUCAUGCUUUUGGAUUUGGAGCAGACCAUGAUUCAGACUCCCUGCAUUCAGUUGCUGAAGCUUCUGGUGGCACAUUUUCCUUUAUCGAAGAUGAAGGCGUGAUGCAGGAUGCGUUUGCUCAAUGCAUUGGUGGGCUUCUUAGCGUCGUCGUACAGGAGAUGCGACUCAACAUGGAAUGUGUUCAUCCUGGUGUUCAACUCUGUUCCAUCAAAUCUGGUAGCUACCCAAGCAUGAUGGCAAGGGAUGGGCGGAGCUGUUCAGUUGAUAUUGGUCAUCUGUAUGCUGAUGAGGAGAGAGACAUUUUGCUGUCAGUGAACAUCCCACAGUCUCGCGAACAGACCUCACUGUUAAAGGUUGCUUGUUCUUACAGGGAUCUAACAAAUGAGACCAUCAAGCUUAAAGUCGAUGAGGUGAAGAUCAACAGGCCGAUGUCAGCCAUAUCUGAAAAUGUAUCCAUUGAGGUUGAUCGUGAGCGGAACCGCAUACAGGCCGCUGAUUCUAUUGAAUCUGCGAGGGCUGCUGCUGAGAGGGGUGCUCUCGCUGAGGCUGUGACCAUUCUGGAGGACUGCCGGAGGAGAUUAUCAGAGUCCUUUGCUAGCAGGAGCGGGGACCGUCUAUCCUUGGCCCUUGAUGCAGAACUGAGGGAGAUGCAGGAGAGGAUGGCAAGUCGCCAGCUCUAUGAAGCUUCAGGGAGGGCCUACAUGCUAUCUGGACUGAGUUCGCAUUCCUGGCAGCGAGCGACGACGCGCGGGGACUCGACAGAGAGCAGCACCAUUGUUCACUCCUACCAGACGCCAUCCAUGGUUCAGAUGUUACAGCAUUCGCAGAGCCAUAUCCCUUCGCCUCCGGGCCAGCAGCCACAAGCCCGACCACCCAGGCCGUCGGCAAGGUAGUUGAACCGUUUCGUCUUGGCAGCCAAAUGCGCUGACGAUGGCCAAGGAUGUCGCCUUAGCUUUCAAAGUUGUUUCCUUGAUUGCUGGACAUAGUACCUGUUGAUUCUUCUGCUUAUUUGUUUAGUUGAGACUGUCGUGGUGGGUUUAUACCGAAGAGAUUGAGCUGGGUAACGAAUACCGGGUACAUUCUGGGAUAUCAGUAUGUAUUACCCUGUUCUGUCAGGAAUAAUAUUUGGGAAAUGAGGCUGGAAUUGUAAUUAGUCUGGAUUGUUUCCUUGAAUCCUAAAUUCUUCUGCCUA